AUGUCUAUCUCUAUCAAAUCACCCGCAGACUUUCACGUCCACCUACGUCAAGGCCCAAUAUGCGAGCUGAUCACACCUCAUGUUCGCAAGGGCGGCUUCGAUCUCGCAUAUGUCAUGCCAAACCUCAAACCUCCGAUUACCAACACUGAGCAGGCUUUGGCGUACAAAGCUGAGCUGGAGAAGAUCGACCCCGAGGUUGAAUAUCUCAUGACCUUGUAUCUGUCCCUAGAAUUGACGCCGGACGAGAUCAGAAAAGCUAAGAAAGCUGGGAUCGUUGGGAAGAUUAGAGGUCCUAACGGUUCUGAGCUCACAGGAGUGAAAUCAUAUCCUCGUGGCGUUACGACAAAUUCGGACGGAGGAAUUGAAUCCUACGAAACUUACUAUCCAAUAUUUGAAGCCAUGCAGGAAGUGAAUAUGGUACUCAACCUCCAUGGAGAGGUUCCUUCUGAUGCAGCAGCGAAUGUCCAUGUUCUUAACGCGGAGCCUACUUUCCUACCUCAUCUUUUCAAAAUCCAUGCUGCCUUCCCGAACCUCCGCAUCGUCUUGGAACAUGCAACAACAAGAGCAGCAGUCGAAGCAGUGAAUAAAUGCGGGCCAACAGUCGCUUGUUCGAUCACAGCUCACCACCUUGCUCUCAUUGUCGACGACUGGGCUGGACAAUCAUGGCACUUCUGCAAACCCGUAGCCAAGUUCCCUGACGAUCGCCAGGCAUUGAGGGAUGUUGUAAAAGAAGGCCAUCCUCGAUUUUUCCUUGGCUCGGAUUCCGCUCCUCACCCGCCUCAUACAAAAUCGACGAGUUCACCUACACACGGAUGCGCCGCAGGAGUCUACACGUCGCCUAUUCUCCUUCCAUUAGUCGCACAUCUGCUAGAGUCCUUUGGUGCAUUGGACAAAUUGGAAGCAUUUGUCAGCACCAAUGGUCGAGCGUUUUACAAGCGGCCCGUUAAAGACGAGAAAGGCUCAAGAACAGUGACAAUCCAAAAAACGACGACGGGGACACUGGUAGACGCUGAAUAUGCAUUGGGGAACGACCGGUUGGUUCCAUUCUGGGCUGGGAAGCAGAUUGGAUGGGAGAUUGUUCACUGGGAGGCGUAUGGUUGA